AUGGCUUGUUUAAGCGAUGAGCUUUGGGUUUCAUCAAUGUUAUCAAAACGAUUAUCCAUCCAGGAAGGGCAAGAAAACGAAGGGAAUGGAGAAGAACCCACAAAUUCUUUUGCUUCAGACUCUACAAAUUUCCCAUUCGAGAAGGUUUUUCCUGUUUAUGCAAUGGGGUUUUUGAAGCCUGAAUCAGACGCUGUUUUAUUGCCUGCUGAUUCACGCGACCCUAUCUGGGAUGCUGUUAGAGAAGAGGCUAAGUUAGAGGCGGAAAAGGAACCCAUUUUGAGUAGCUUUUUGUAUGCUAGUAUUCUGUCGCAUGAUUGCUUAGAGCAAGCAUUGGCAUUUGUUCUUGCAAAUAGGCUCCAAAAUACUACUCUAUUGGCAACCCAGUUAUUGGAUACAAUUUCUAACGUAAUCAUGAAGGAUAGUGGUAUUCGGCAUUCUAUUCGCCUAGAUAUGCAGGCAUUUAAAGACCGAGAUCCUGCUUGUUUGUCAUACAGUUCUGCUCUAUUAUAUCUGAAGGGUUACCAUUCCCUGCAAUCCUAUCGAGUGGCACAUGUUUUGUGGAAUCAAGGACGGAAAGUACUGGCCCUGGCACUGCAAAGCCGAAUCAGUGAGGUUUUUGGCAUUGACAUACAUCCAGGUGCCAGAAUUGGAGAGGGCAUAUUAUUGGAUCAUGGGACGGGUGUGGUUGUUGGUGAAACUGCCGUCAUUGGAAACAGAGUCUCAUUGAUGCAUGGUGUUACUUUAGGAGGGACAGGGAAAGAAAUUGGUAAUCGGCAUCCAAAAUUAGGUGAUGGUGCACUAAUUGGAGCUUGUGUGACAAUACUUGGGAAUAUAAAAAUAGGUGAAGGGGCUAUGAUAGCUGCUGGUUCUCUUGUCUUAAAAGAUGUUCCCCCACACAGCAUGGUGGCAGGAACGCCGGCAAAGGUGAUUGGAUACAUGGAUGAGAAGGAUCCAUCUCUAACAAUGAAUCAUGAUGCUAGCAAAGAAUUUUUUGAAAAUCUGGCCGUUACUUUUAGAGAGGGAAGAUCCAGCAGUAACUGGUAA